AUGCACAUAGCAGACAGACAUCCUCAAGUGGAGGAAAGGAAGUACUUCCUGUUUGGCGUCCUGUGUGGCCUGGCUCUUUACAACCACAACAUCAUUCACCUGCCGUUCCCGCUGGCGCUCUUCAAGAAGCUGCUCAGAGUCAAAACGUCCGUGGACGACAUGAAGGAGUUUGAUCCUGUCAUGGCACAGUCAUGGAGGUUCAUGUUGGAGGACUACACCCCUGAUGACGUCGAAGCCCUGGAGACGACUUUCACUGUUUCCUGGGGUGGUGAGAAUGCUGAACUUGAUCCAAACGAACCUGGAAAACCUGUCACUGGAUCUAAUAGGAAAGAAUUUGUCGCUGCCUUUGUCAACCAUGCCUUUAACAAAUCAGUGGAGGGAGUGUUCAAACUCUUUAAGGAAGGGUUUUUCAAAGUGUGCAACAUGGAUGUCGUGGAGUUCUUCCAGCCUGAGGAACUACAGUCGGUCAUGGUGGGCCAAGAAAACUAUGACUGGGAAGUCUUCAAGGAGAACACAGUUUAUGAAGGAGGCUAUCAUGCUGAUCAUCCAGCCAUCAUCACCUUUUGGAGGGUGUUUGAAGAUUUCUCAGCAGAAGAGAAGAAAAAGUUCCUCCUGUUCCUCACAGGCUGUGACAGAGUCCCCUUCUUGGGAAUGGAGUGCAUCAAGAUGAGAGUGACCAUGUUGCCAGAUGCCACAGAGAGACACUUGCCUGAAUCCCUCACCUGCCACACCUUGCUGCUGCUGCCCUACUACAGGCGAUACCCGGUGGAGAGGACAAUGGAGACCAAGCUCCUUCGGGCCAUUAAUCACAACAGAGGCUUCUGGAAGAACUAGAAAUCUUUCUUCAAACACACCUUUUUGGUUACUAGGUUUUCCACAAUCUAAAGAUUCAUUAACCUUCUGAAGACAUUACAGCAAUAUUACCCGAUAUACACAUCUGUAGUUCUCAUUUACUGGGUUUUCUUGUGGGAUAACAAAUGUUUCCAGGCUCAGUACUUUAGGGUUUAUUUAAAAAUGUAAAGUAUUAUACUUAUUUAUCUGUUAAUGAUGGAAAGGAAAUGGGACACUGGAAGAAAAGGAUGAUGAAACAAAGUGGCUAGACACAAGAAAGCAAAUAAUAGGACAGAGGGACAAAGAGCUAAUGAUUUAAGUGUACAAAACGACAGGAUGAUUGGAAAAAGUCUGGAAAUAUAAAUAUUUUCCAUACUUACCAGAUAUAAGAAACGGAAGGAAUAAAUUCCAGGCUGUGUAGAAAUCAUGCUGACAUACCCCGUUUCUCAAUAAAUUUGUAAUUAUUUAUGGAACUUGAACACAAUAAUUAAAUUACGUCUUAGCUCAAGAGCUCACUUUAAGCACAAUUAAGUAAUGCCACAAUAAGAUUUAAGCAUGUAUCAGAAUGUUUCCAAACAAAAGCUAGGGCAAAAAAGAAAAUCUUCAACACAUAAGUCUCAGGGGAGAUUCAUAUUUAAUCCACAUUUAAAUCCUGGAGCUCAGACAAUUCGCUGGACUUACAUUUUAGACUUUAUCCAUAUUUGUUCUUUGCAUUAUAUCUCUUGUACAUAAUUGAAUACUCUGCUUAAAAGAGAAAUGGUAGCUAUUUCUGCAUCAUAAGAGUAAAUAAACAUUCCACAUCAGCAAUGUCUUGCAGUUCUUUAUUUUGACAAAAAAUAUUAAACCAAGAACAGUGAUAAAAAAUGUGUCCAACAUGGUGGGGUGUAAAUUCAGAUUUGUUUCACAGGUCUGGGACAGUUGUCUUUUUGCAAGAAUUGAGUACAUUUGGGGCAUUUUCUUGUGCAAAUUCAGCUACAAACAGUUUAAAAAACCAAAAGCAAAUUCUGACAUCACUUUCAGUGUUCAGUCUCUUUAUUUUAUCAUCUUUCCUUCUUCCAGUAUAACUUCAACUCUCAGUCAGCAUCACAGCAAUAAGACUCCAUCCUUCUAGGCAAAAUACUUCAUAUUUAAAUAAGUGCUCAUUAAAAAUAUCUUCAGUAGCACCGAAGGAGCUCAUUUGAAGUUUUAUGUCAAUGUGAAUUACACCCUGGCUAGAAAUAAAACCUAUUAUUGGAAACAUAAAAAUGUCUGAUAUUAAAUUACAUUUAUUCAGCAGUAAA